GCAGCGGCCUGGCCAUGGAGGCGGCCGGCGGGCCCGUCAGCACCUUCUCCAACUUGAUGACCGAGGGGACGCAGCUGUGCCGGCUGGGCGAGUACGACAAAGCCCUGAUCUGCUACAACAACGCACUGCAGCUGAGAGAAGGAGACAGGGACUGCCUGGCUGCCCGCUCAAACUGUUACCUGAAGCUUGGAGACACUGAGAAUGCCCUGAAAGAUGCUGAAGCUUCUCUGCAAAAUGACAAAACAUUCUUCAAGGGACUCUACCAAAAAGCUGAGGCAUUGUAUACCAUGUGUGACUUUGAAUUUGCAUUAGUGCAUUACCAUCGAGGCCACAGGCUGCGUCCAGAUCAAGAGAAGUUCAAGCUGGGCAUCGAGAAAUGCCAGGAGGCAAUUGUCAACUGUGUUGGGAGUCCAUCCUCAGUUAAACUGGAGAUUAAAAAGGAUGUGAACUUCAUAAGCAGGCAGGCCGAGAUAAGAAAAGCAAAUGAGAAACUCUCAAUCAAACUGACUAAGGCUCAAAAACGGGCAAAGAAACAGAAGCCUGUGAGGAAUCCAAAAAUAGAGAGACAGCUUCUUGGAGACCUUUAUGAUGACAGGCUCUACUUAGAAGAGUUGCUCAAGGAUAAAGAUUUGAUGGAGAGCAGCACAAAGAAAGGGACCACAGUAGGAGACCUGGUUUCCAGUGGGAUUUCCUACCUGGAGAAGCGCAGGGAGUUCUGGCAGCAGCAGGAGCCGAUUUACGCCCGGGUGCGAGAGCGGAGGCUCAGGCAGCAAAGGUGGAUCCGGGAGAAGAAACUAAAACCAUCUGAAGUUGGCAGAUACAUCACAAAGAGCAUGGAGGACAUUGACAUGUUGCUAACUGGUGAGGACCCUGAAGAAAGCUGCAAGAAAGCUAAACGUCUGUUAAGAACAAUCCAAGAGUGGUCAGAUGAGGAUGUUCCCAACAAGAAUGAGUUGAUUGGAAACCUCCACAGCUGCAUUGGGAAUGCUCAGCUAGAGAUGGGCCAGGUGGAGGCAGCUCUGAAAAGCCACAGAACAGACCUGGAAGUCGCCAGGCAGAACAACCUGCCAGAUGCUGUAUCCAGAGCCCUUGAAAACAUUGGCAGAGUUCAUGCCAGAACUGGCAAAUUCCAGAAAGCUAUUGACGCCUGGGAGGAGAAGAUUCCAUUGGCAAAAUCCAGCCUGGAGAAGACCUGGCUGUUCCAUGAAAUUGGCCAAUGUUACCUGGAGCUGAAUAGAGCUGAAGAAGCCCGAUAUUGUGGCCAGAAGUCCCUUCAGACAGCAGAUGAAGAGGGAAAUGUUAAGUGGCAAUACCGUGCUAUUGUACUAGUGGCACAAGCAGAAGUAAAAUUAAAGAAUUACUGGUCUGCAAUCAUUAACUUUGAAAAAGCACUUGAGAAGGCCAAGUUUCUUCACAACGACGCUGCUCGGGCAGCCAUCAUCGCUGCCCUGGAUGAUGUGAGCAGAAGCUUCGUCAAAGGGCUGAACAAAACAGACGAGACAACGUUUUACUCUGCUAAAGGUGGCGAUUUCAGCGAUACAGACUCAGAAGACAACUUCCAGAUGUACGGAGAGACAAAGGAAAGUGAGGAAAGCACAUAGAAGCAAGAAGAUGAAAACUAAAUAUAAGAUGCCAGGAACGAUAAAGAACACGGAAGCAAUAAAAAAAGGGGGGGGGGGGAAGGAAUAAGAAAACGGAACAGGAGCAAAGGGGGAAAAAGAGACGGGAGGGAGAAGCUGGGGCUGAGGAACCGCAGCAGAGCAGAACGUCCCGAAAUAUGCGCGGGUUGCAAACACGAAUCUUCCCGCAUCUUUCCCGUAGUCUCUC